UACAAAAAAUUAAAUCUUUCACCUUCCCCGUAGCCACUGAGUAAAUGAAAUCUCUCUCUCUCUGACUGAGACAAAGUCGCCGACUGUGUAAAAUGAUGAGUCAUGGUGGUGGCGGCGGCAGCGGAGGUAACGGAGGAGGAGGAGACGCUGACCGUAUGCUAGCUCAAGCAGAGAAGCUACUCUUAAGCGGAGAUUUAAACGGUUCAAAAACCUAUGCGAUCCGCGCAUGCGAAGCCGAUCACUCACUCGUAGACCACGCCGAACUAAUCCUCGCCGUAGCCGAUACUCUAAUCGCCGGAGAAUCACGAAUCAGAGGAACGACCUCCGAACUUCCCGACUGGUACGCCGUGCUCCGUCUCGUUCGUUUAACUCACAACCCGGAACUCGUCGCCACUCAGUAUAGUAGACUCGCUGUGUUGCUUAACCCGAGUCGGAAUCGGUUCCCAUAUUCUGAGCAAGCUUAUAGGUUGAUCUCUGAUGCUUGGUAUGUCCUCUCUGAUCCUUCUAGAAAGGCAUUGUAUGAUAGAGAAUUGCAUCUGAGUCAGUUUGGGCAAUUAGGCCAAUUAGGGUUUCAGCUUUUCAAUCAAUCUUCUCAGUCUCCUCAACAUCAACCGCAGCAGCAGCAGCAUCAAUCUCAAUCGCCUCAGGAGCAGAAUCAAACGCAGUCGUUUCAGAACCAGCAGUUACCAUUUCAGCUUCAUCAACCACAUUUUGCUCAAGCUGUUCAGACUCAGUCUCAGUCUCAGUCUCAGUUACAGCAGCAGCAAAGGUCUCAAUUUGAUCAGCAGUUAUUGCAGGAGCAACAACAAGCAUCUUGGAGGCAACAGUUUGGUCAAGAGCAAAGUAGUGGUUCGAGUAGUGAUUGGAAAAGACCUGUGCAGGAAGAGAGAUUGAUUAAUUUGAACAAUGCAACUGAUAGGGUCCAAUCUAGUCGUCGUUUCGCUGAGCCGGAUCAGCUGCCUAGUAGAUCUUUCGAGGGAUCGUCUCAUAGGACUCCUUCGACUGAUUUGACAUGGGCAUCUAAGCCUACUCCAACGUCUGAGUUUGUACACCAUUCUGAUUCUGUGGCGUGGCAAUCCUCUGAGCCGGCUAGGCAAUAUCAGUCAUCUAGUAGGUCUAGUGAAGCUGCUCAACUCUCGCUGCUGCCUUCUGUUUCAGACUCACCUCAUGCAUCUCAGCCAACUCGCUCUAUUCAUUCAAAUGCAGUAUCUAAACCGAAGCAAGUUUCUAAGCCACAACCGCCAUUCCCAAUGUCUCAGCCUCCAUUAACCUCUAAGCCAUUCCCAUUGUCUCAGCCACCACCAACCUCUAAGCCAUUGCCUAUGUCUCAGUCACCACAGACCUCUAAUCCAUUCCCUGUGUCUCAUUUAUCACAAAAAUCUAAGCCUUUGCUGGUUUCUCAGUCAUCACAAAAGUCUAAGCUGUUGCCGGUCUCUCAGUCAUCACAAAACUCUAACAAAUUCCCGGUGUCUCAGUCAUCGUCAAAGUCUAUGCAAUUCCCUGUGUCUCAGCCACUACCAACCUCUAACCCAUUCCCGCGGUCCCAGCCAACACCAAACACUAAGCCAAUCUCGAUGUCUCAACCAUUAUCGACUGCUAGACUUUUUCAAGCAUCUCAGUCACCACCGGCCUCUAAACAAUUUCCUACAUCUCAGCCUCCUCCGACCUCCAAGGCAUUCCCGGUAUCUCAGCCACCACCAGCCUCUAAGCCAUUCUCUAUGUCUCAGCCACCACCGGCCUCUAAACAAUUUCCUACAUCUCAGCCUCCUCCGACCUCCAAGGCAUUCCCGGUAUCUCAGCCACCACCAGCCUCUAAGCCAUUCUCUAUGUCUCAGCCAUCACCGGCCUCAAAGCCCUUUCCAAUAUCAGAGCCAUCCAAUACCUCUAAGCCAAUGCCAGUAUCUCAGCCACCCGCAACUUCUAAGCCGUUGCCAGUGUCUCAACCAUCUCAGCCACCUGCAGCCUCUAGUUCUCUCUCUCCACUGCCUCCUGUCUUCAAUUCAAAUCAAUCAUUCCAGCCACCUCCAGUCUCUACUACGCCCUCUCCGGUUCCAGCAGGCUUUACUAUUCCAUCUCCGCCACCGCCUGCGCCAGUCUCUCAGCCAGCUCGGGUUUUUAACCAAACCCCACCUACUGAACAGACUCCAGAGAGCGGGGGUGCAAGACCCGAUUCCGAGCCAGAGGUUCCGAGUUUCUGGACGACUUGUCCAUACUGCUACGUACUUUAUGAGUAUCCCGUCAUUUACGAGGAAAGUGUGCUUAAAUGCCAAACUAAGAGCUGCAGGAGAGCUUACCAAGCGGUGAAGGUUCCUUCUCCACCACCAGUUACCGAAGAAGAUAGCUACUAUUGCUGUUGGGGUUUCUAUCCAGUAGGAUUCUCAGAAGUUACUAAAAUCCCAGUCGGUGGUUUCCAGUCAAAAAUUCCAGUCGGCGGUUUCCCCAAAUCAGCACCCAAAAAACCAUCUCCAAAGGUAUAUUAUUAUGACGAUGAUGAAAAUGAUGACGAUUCAUACAUAGAAUCAGAUCUUAGUGAGGACGACGACGACGAUGAUGACUGGCUGAUGAAUGGAUCAAAAAGGAAGAACAAUGGGAAGCAAAGUAAAGCUAAAGCUCCAACCAAAAUAAAACGUCCAAAAGCAAUUGAGGUUGAUUGAGUAAAAAUCAGAUAGGGAACAGAAAGAGCACAACUUCAGUAAGGAUUUCUCUGUUCUUGGCUCUGUUGUUGACUUGUUGUAGUAGACUAGUAGUAUGUAGUGUAGGGUAAAAUUUGCUUUCUUCCACGGUUUCCAUGUUCUGUCUAAGCUGCAGUAGAAUCGCUGGGUUAAGCUUAGAAGCAACGGUUGUAAUUUGUAAUGUUUUGGUGCCUCUUUUUGGAUUAACGUAGUUCCUUUUCUGGAGAAGGCGAGGAGAAUCAUUUUGGUCAGUUAGGAUUUUGCAAAAUUUAGUCUCUCGUUGUUUUGUUCA